AUGGUUGAAAAUGGUUGUAGUUUAUUGAUAAGGAAUUUAAGUUUUGAAACAAGCCCAGAUAAAGUUAGAAAAAUAUUUGAACAUUUUGGAAAAAUACGAGAUGUUUAUUUACCUCUUGAUCAUUAUACAAGAAGACCUCGAGGAUUUGGAUUCGUUGAAUAUUAUGACCCAAAACAUGCAAAAGAAGCAUUAAAUAUUUUAAAUAAUUCAAAAAUCGAUGGAAAAGAAAUAAGAAUAAUUGUAGCUCAAAACAGAAGAAAAUCACCUGACACUAUGAAAAAAUAUCAUAAUAAUUUAAACGACUCUAAAUAUAGAAACCAUAAGUAUGAAAAUAAUAACCGAGAAAAAAGGCGGCGUGUUUCAAGGUAUCCAUCAAUAGGUAGAAGCCGAGACAGAAGCCGUGACAGAUAUAGUCGAAAAGGAAAGAAAUUAAAAUAUUAUAAAAGAAGUUCUAGAAGCUUAUCUAGUCAUAGUGUUUCCUCCUCCUCUACAUAUUCAUCUUAUGAAACAUCCAGUCGAAGUAUAAGCAAGUCAUAUAGUACUAGUGAUAAUUAUGAUAAGUAUGAGAAAAAGAAAAAGAAAUAUAUGUAUACUAAAAAGGGAAAAAUAAAGAAAGGAGCAGAUAGGGAUACAUCAAGUGAUUAUAACACAGUAAGUUCUGAAAACUCGAGAUCCACUAAUAAUAGCAAUUUAAAAAAAUCUCAGGGUAAAGAUAAAACUGUAAAUUUUAUAAACAAAAAUAAACAUAAUUACAAUAAGACAAAAAAAUAUGCAAAAAAACAUUCAUUCAAAAGUUGUUUUAGUGAUGAAUCUGAUAAAGAAAUAGAAAAAAAUGAAAAAGGUAUAAAAAAAAAAAAAAAAAAUUCAAGUGAUACCUCAAAAAGUAGCAGCAUUUCAACAGAGCGGCAUAAUUUAGUCAAUAAAAAAAAAUGUGAACAAUCCGAUUUGACAAAUAAUCAUGAAUUAUAUGAAAAAGAUGAUAUACCAAAAAAAGUAAAAGGAAAUGAAGAAAGUUCUGAAGAUACAUUAUUAAAUAACAAUUUUAAAAGUAGUUGCUCAAAUAAUAUAAUAUCAAAAGAUAGUAACAAUAAUAAUGAGGGUGAAUUUAUUGAAAAGGAUUUAGAACAAAAUGAUAAACAAAAUAAACGGAAAACAAAAUAUAAAAAUUGUUCGAGUAAUAGUAGUAGGUCAUUUUCCAAACAAAGUAACAAUAGUAAUAAUACGAGCAUAGAUGAUACAAAUAUAGACACAAGAAAGUAUAAAAAAAUAUAUAAAAAUAGCAAUCUAAAUAAAAAACGAAGAAUUAAAGAUUACUCAUCAUCGAGUAGUGAAACAUAUGAAGAUAGUAAAAAUAAUAAAAAGAACUCAAAGGAGGAGAUCGAAAAGGACAAUUAUAGUAAUCCCAAUUUAAAAGAUGAAAAUGAUGAAGAAAAAGUUGAUCUAUCAAAAAAUAACACUAAUAAUAAUGCACCUUCUAAUGACCGAGAUAAAUCCAAUUUAAGUAUCCUUAGUAAAACUGGAAGUGAAAAUGAAGAUAAUUAUAAAUCGAAAAUGAGUCAAGAAAAAGGGGAAAACAAGAUAAAAAAAAGUGGAAGUAAGCAUAAAAAUAAGCAGCACCAAAAAAAAGAUUUUUCAUCAGACAGUGAUUCAAAAUUUUCGAAAAAAAAUUAUGAACAAAAUCACCGUCAUAGUAAUAAAAACAAAAAUGUUAAAUCAUCAAAUUGUAAAAAAAAAAAAAAUAAUAAUAAAACCAUAUCAAAUAAUUCGCUAGAUAGCUUAUCACGUAGCAUUUCUUCAGACUCAUCAAGAGGAUAUAAUAGCUCGAAUCGAAAAAAAAAAAAUAAUAAACAAUAUAAAAAAGGAACAGACAAAAAUAAAUUAAAAUAUAGAACAGAAAACAGAAGAAGACGAACUAAUAGUUCAUCACGUUCAUCAAGUUUUUCAAGUUCAACGAUGACCAAAAGUGGUAGCUAA